UAUAGUUCCUAACCCCUGCCAUGAGCUGUCCAGUGCGGACCGAGCCGCUGCUCGGUGAGAACCCUCUACUGGCAUCCAGCGACUCCUACUCGGUGAUGGUUCUGCUGCGCGGCUACGCGGAGCCGCAGGGGGCUGGCGACGCGGUACGGGCUGAUGGCACUGUGACCCUCGUCCUGCCCCGGGCAUGGGCCUCGGAUUCCAGCCGCCGAGUGGCCCCGUCCGCAGACGGCGGCGCUAAGACUGCCCUGGAGGAGGCGGUGCGUGGCCCCGUCCUCGUGGACACCGGAGGGCCCUGGGCUCGGGAGGCGCUGCUGGAAGCCUUGGCUGGGCAGGGCGUGUCCCCCGGAGACGUGACUCUGGUGGUGGGGACCCACGGGCACUCCGAUCAUAUCGGGAACCUAGGGUUGUUUCCCCGGGCGGCUCUGUUAGUGUCCCACGACUUCUGCCUUCCCGGGGGCCUCUAUCUGCCUCAUGGCCUGUGUGAAAUGCAGCCCUUGAUACUGAGCUCCGGGCUGCAGGUGUGGGCCACGCCGGGCCACGGAGGACAGCGGGACGUGAGCGUCGUAGUGGAGGGCACCGGCCUGGGCACCGUGGUGGUGGCUGGCGAUGUGUUCGAGCGCCUUGGGGACGAGGACUCCUGGCAGGCCCUGAGCGAAGACCCAAUUGCUCAGCAGCGGAGCCGGGAGAGGAUCCUGGCUGUGGCUGAUGUGGUGGUGCCUGGUCACGGAGCCCCCUUUCGUGUGGUCAGGGAAAUAGUGAAGACUAGGGACGAUUUGAUAUGUGAAGACAAGGAGGCCGCUUAAUGGACUCCCACCAGGAAAGCACCUUCAGUGAGGAACUGGAGUCAAAGAGACCCUGACUGAGGUCAAAGUCAGAGGAAGAAAGGUUUGUCACGUUCAGCCUUGCCAGGAGGCAACUUCCAAACAGGAUGGAAUGACUGACAUCAGCCACUGUCUGCAGCCUAAGUAGGACGAAGGACUGGCUCAGCUCUCCUUUGUGAGCCUCAGUAA